AAAUACUUCCCAGGCAAUCUGGGCUUGCUUGUGGAGGCCCCUUUUGCAAAACAUCAGUCUGAAUUUAGUAGACAGAAAUCACUAGGAAUGCCUUGACAGACUCCUGCUUUAGCUAAGACUCCCUCCAGCUGUAGAGGGUGUUUUUGUUAGAAUCACACACUGCGUAAAACUGCUUAGAAUAGAGCCAUGAUCUCAACUACAAAAUGUGAACUUAUAUUUUGAAGAAAGUUUGAUGGGGACGGAUCUUUCCUAGCCUGCGUGUUGAACAAUGUCAUGCCUUGGCGUUUCAGCUCCUCCUUGUCUAGGUGGUGAAAUGACAAAACUCAUUCUCCUCUUCACUCAGUGAAUUUGAAAUCAUCUUCCAUCCAAUUCCAUUUCCUUUGGUCUCAUAUGGAAUAUAUUUCUCUAUCAGUUUUUCAACUACGAUGACAUGUCUGUAGCUAUCAGAAAGAGAAGCUGGGAAGAACAUGUGACCCAAUGGAUGGGACAGCCUUUUAAUUCUGAUUAUAACACAGCAUGUCAUCAUGGACUAGUAGUUGACAGCUUGCAGGCAAGUAUGGAAAAAGAUGCAACUGUAAAUGUGGACCGCAAAGAGAAAUGUGUUUCACUACCAGACUGUUGUCAUGGAUCAGAUGUGAGAGAUUUUCCUGGAAGGUCAAUGGGUCACAUUUCACCAGUGGUAGAUGAAAAUGACAGACAUGAAAGUGAAGAUCAGUUUCUUCCUCUGGAGGCCAGCACAGAAACACUGGUGCAUGUUUCUGAUGAGGAUGCCAAUUCUGAUCUCUAUCCUACAGAUGAUAAACAGAUUUUAACUACCCAAGGGUAUAAAACAUCAGACCAACAUAGUGUUGAAGGAGCAGGCUCCUUAGUAGACACUUUUCACAUCAUGGAAAGUAACCAAGAUUCUUAUAAAGCCUGGGGAAUAUCUGGUGGAGUUGAAUUAGCGUUGAUAGAAGAAAGAGGAGAAAGAAAAGUUGUUGAUAUUCUAAGUGAAAGCCUGGAGUUUUGUAAUGAUAUUAGCUUAAGUGAAUUAAAAGAUGCAUCAACACUAAAUGAUUGUAAUUCUUUGAAUGUGAAAGAUACUGUACCUGAGAAGCAACUAGUUAAUUCUGCUGUAAUUGCUCAACAACGAAGAAAAUCUGACAUCACUAAAGAUGACCAAGAAAGACACACCUGCAAUAUAGUUCAAGAUGAAAUCUUGGCUAGUCCUUGUACAGACAGAAAACUAUCAUUAUUAAAAGCUGAUUCUGGACAUUGCCUUCUUCAGCCUUCUUCCUGCCCUAGUGGAAUGUCUGCUGAAAAUGGCCUAGAGAAGAGUGGUUUCUCAGAAUAUCAAAACAAAAGUCUUCAAAAGGUCAAAUCUGGAGAUGGCAUGCAGUGUUUACACUUAAAGGAGUUUUUGGCCACCCAGGAACCUAUGGACAACCAAGUCAGACUUCGCAAAAGAAAGGAAAUAAAAGAAGACCGAGAUAGGGCGAGGCUGGACUCCAUGGUGCUGCUGAUUAUGAAACUGGACCAACUUGACCAGGACAUUGAGAAUGCUCUCAGUACCAGUUCCUCUCCAUCCAGCACACCAACAAACCUGCGGCGACAAGUUCCUGAUCUGGAGUCAGGAUCUGAGAGUGGAGCAGAUAUCGUUUCAAUAAAUCAAACACAGAUUAAUGUGUCUUCUAAUGCCGAGUCCAUUGAUCUACCAGCUUCCACUCCAGUGGCCGAUUCUGGAACUAAACCCAAGACUAUGACUAUUCCUGGUAUUUCAGAGAAGGAACAGGCUGAAAUCGAAGCCAAAGAAGCUUGUGAUUGGCUGCGGGCGACAGGUUUCCCCCAAUACGCACAACUUUAUGAAGUUACACAGGAUUCUUACUCAUAUCUGUUAUUCCCCAUUGAUAUUUCCUUGGUCAAGAGAGAACAUGAUUUUUUGGACAGAGAUGCCAUUGAGGCUUUGUGCAGGCGUCUAAAUACUUUAAACAAAUGUGCAGUAAUGAAGCUGGAAAUAAGUCCUCAUCGAAAGAGAAGUGAAGAUUCAGAUGAGGAUGAGCCUUGUGCAAUAAGUGGCAAAUGGACUUUCCAGAGGGACAGCAAGAGAUGGUCCCGGCUCGAAGAGUUUGAUGUCUUUUCUCCAAAGCAGGACCCAGUCCCUGGCUCCCCAGAUGAUCCUCACCUGCAGAACGCCACAAGCCAUGAAAGCAUGCUGACAGACCUCAGUGAGCACCAGGAGGUGGCCUCUGUCCGCAGCCUCAGCAGUACCAGCAGCCUCCCUGCCCAUGUCCCUCACGGUGGGGAGAGUACUACACUGCGGACUAACUCUGUCAUUAGUGUGUGCUCCUCCAACAAUUUUGUAAGCAAUGAUGACUCUUUCUGUAGUCUGCCUUCUCCCAAGGAGCUGUCCAGCUUCAGCUUUAGCAUGAAAGGCCAGGAGAAAAACACCAAGUCCAAGACCCGGAGUCUGCUGAAACGCAUGGAGAGUCUAAAGCUACGGGGCUCACACCAUGGCAAGCACAAGGCACCUUCCAAGUUGGGACUGAUCAUCAGUGGGCCUAUUCUGCAAGAGGGGAUGGAUGAGGAGAAGCUGAAGCAACUAAAUUGCGUGGAGAUCUCCUCUCUCAAUGGCAACCACAUUAAUGUCCCCAUGGUACGAAAGAGGAGCGUUUCCAACUCCACGCAGACCAGCAGCAGUAGCAGUCAGUCAGAGACCAGCAGCGCUGUCAGCACCCCCAGCCCUGUCACCAGGACCCGGAGCCUCAGUGCUUGCAACAAGAGGGUGGGCAUGUAUUUAGAAGGCUUUGAUCCUUUCAACCAGUCAACAUUCAACAACAUCGCAGAACAGAACUUUAAGAAUCGCGGCAACUAUCCAGAGGAUACUGUGUUCUACAUCCCGGAAGAUCACAAGCCUGGCACUUUCCCCAAAGCUCUGUCCAAUGGUAGUUUCUCUACCUCAGGGAAUAAUAGUUCUGUGAACUGGAGAACUGGAAGCUUCCAUGGUCCAGGCCAUGUCAGCCUGAGGAGGGAAAACAGUGGAAGCCCCAAGGAACUUAAGAGACGCAAUUCCUCAAGUUCCAUGAGCAGUCGCCUGAGUAUUUAUGACAACGUGCCAGGUUCCCUCCUCUAUUCCAGUUCAGGUGACCUCGCUGACCUAGAAAAUGAGGACAUCUUCCCUGAGCUGGAUGACAUUCUCUACCAUGUGAAGGGGAUGCAGAGGAUAGUCAACCAGUGGUCGGAGAAGUUUUCAGAUGAAGGAGACUCUGACUCAGCUCUGGACUCUGUCUCUCCAUGCCCAUCUUCUCCGAAGCAAAUACACCUGGAUGUAGACAAUGACCGAGCUACACCUAGUGACCUGGACAGUACAGGCAAUUCACUGAAUGAACCAGAAGAGCCUUCUGACAUUCCAGAAAGGAGGGAUUCUGGAGUUGGGGCCUCCCUGACAAGGUCUAAUAGGCACAGAUUGAGAUGGCACAGUUUCCAGAGCUCUCAUCGGCCAAGUUUGAACUCUGUGUCACUACAGAUUAACUGCCAGUCUGUGGCCCAGAUGAACCUGCUUCAGAAAUACUCGCUCCUAAAGUUAACUGCCCUGCUGGAGAAGUACACACCUUCCAAUAAGCAUGGUUUUAGCUGGGCUGUGCCCAAGUUCAUGAAAAGGAUUAAGGUCCCAGACUACAAGGAUCGGAAUGUGUUUGGGGUUCCUCUGACCGUCAACGUGCAGCGCACAGGACAGCCUCUUCCCCAGAGCAUUCAGCAGGCCAUGCGCUACCUCCGCAACCAUUGUUUGGAUCAGGUUGGGCUUUUCAGAAAGUCAGGUGUCAAAUCCCGGAUUCAAGCUCUACGCCAGAUGAAUGAAAGCACCAUAGACUGUGUCAGCUACGAGGGACAAUCUGCUUAUGAUGUGGCAGACAUGUUGAAGCAGUAUUUUCGAGAUCUUCCUGAGCCGCUAAUGACGAACAAACUCUCAGAAACCUUCCUACAGAUCUACCAGUAUGUGCCCAAGGACCAGCGCCUCCAGGCCAUCAAGGCUGCCAUUAUGCUUUUGCCUGAUGAGAACCGAGAGGUUCUACAGACACUGCUGUAUUUCCUGAGUGAUGUCACUGCAGCCGUGAAAGAAAACCAGAUGACUCCAACCAAUCUGGCUGUGUGCUUAGCCCCUUCCCUCUUUCACCUCAACACCCUGAAGAGAGAAAACUCCUCUCCAAGGGUAAUGCAAAGAAAGCAAAGUUUGGGCAAACCAGAUCAGAAAGAUUUGAAUGAAAACCUUGCUGCCACUCAAGGACUGGCUCAUAUGAUUGCUGAAUGCAAGAAGCUUUUCCAGGUUCCUGAAGAAAUGAGUAGAUGUAGGAAUUCCUAUACAGAACAAGAUCUCAAGCCGCUUACUUUGGAAGCAUUGGGACGCCUCCAUAAUGAUGAAUCAGCUGACUACCAACACUUCCUCCAGGACUGUGUGGACAGCCUAUUUAAAGAAGUCAAAGAGAAGUUUAAAGGUUGGGUCAACUACUCUACUUCUGAGCAGGCUGAGCUGUCAUAUAAAAAGGUGAGCGAAGGGCCUCCUCUAAGGCUUUGGAGGGCAACUAUUGAAGUCCCUGCUAUGCCUGAGGAAAUCUUAAAGCGCCUACUGAAAGAGCAGCACCUCUGGGACGUCGACCUGUUGGAUUCAAAAGUGAUUGAGAUCCUGGAUAGCCAAACUGAAAUUUACCAAUAUGUCCAAAACAGCAUGGCACCCCAUCCUGCUCGGGACUAUGUUGUUCUGAGAACAUGGAGAACUAAUUUACCCAAAGGAGCAUGUGCUCUCUUACUCACCUCUGUGGACCACGACCGGGCACCUGUGGUUGGGGUGAGAGUAAAUGUGCUCCUGUCCAGGUAUCUGAUCGAACCCUGCGGGUCAGGGAAAUCCAAGCUCACUUACAUGUGCAGAGCUGACUUACGGGGCCACAUGCCUGAGUGGUAUACAAAAUCUUUUGGUCAUUUGUGUGCAGCUGAAGUUGUGAAGAUCCGAGACUCUUUUAGCAAUCAAAACACUGAAACCAAAGACACCAGAUCUAGGUGAUUCCUGAAAUAAAGCAAGUGUGUCCAACAUGUGGGUGUUUGUUUCUGAAACUCUUGCCAGUCCUUGAUUUAUGGGUUCUACAUCUAACUCUGAAACAGAGAAAACUACAAGUUGGCCUGUAGGAAUUGACUAUUGCAAUUUGAUAUAUUUUUUAAGCUGCUUCCUGUUUGUUUAAGGUCUAUUUUGUAGACCUUGACUGGAAUAUAUAAGAUUGUGCAAAAAAAAAAUGUAUUCUUAUUUGAAUUGCUUCUGAGAAGCAAAGUUCUAUAAACUGCAUUACGGAAGAUAAUGAAGAGGCUUCGUCCUCUUGUCAUAUUGGUGUAUGGGUAUCUAUAUCAUUUUAUUUACCGUAUGAUGAGGGACUGGUGUAUCCACUGGAAUAGUUGGUACUCUCUGACAAGUUUUCUCACUGAGAUGAGCAAAGAAAGGUUUGCACAGAGGAGUGUGUGUAUGUGUGUUUGUUGCUGGUUGAAUGGCAUAGAUGUUUAAGUUGGAAUGCAGUGGCUGGCACACUGAGAUGCCUCCAAGAAGGAUAUUGAUGCAUCAGGUUCAGUUCAACCUGGAAUAUCUGACUACCCAUGUAGCCCUUUAGAAAGGCUAUCCCAGUUUAUUUCCCACUCCCACUCCCAAUUUUUUAAGGGAAUUCCUUCUCUAUUAGCCCCUUACCCUGACCUUAAAAAUAGUAAAUCUACUCUGGUAUCCCAUGGAAAACAGUUUGUUUUGACCUGGUUACAAACAGGGAUGUAGUUUUGACCAGUAUUAAUGCAGGAAUGGAACUUUCCUUCUUAUCAAAGUGCAGUUUUAUUUUGUCAAGAUGUUAAGAGCUGAACACUAACAUUUACUCCUGACUCCAAGCAUCAAAAACAUUUUAUGUCAGAAUUCCUUGCAUUUCAUGCUUAUAACAGAUUUUUUUUUUUUUUAGGACACUAUCUAUAGGAAUAUAGGUAACUGUGUGUCCAAAGAAAACCCUGUAAAUUAACCCCACCACAAAAGUUGUUUUGUUGUUAUUAACAGCAUUUCUGAAAGCUACACGUGUUUAUAAAUUGGAUUUGUCCUAUCAGCAAGGAGGCUUUCUAACAUUUUUAUUUUGCUUUGUUUUUCCUACAUUUUGUUUCCUUUGUAAUGAUGCCCUUGGAAUAUAUUUUAGUGGUCAUAGAAGAAGUAGUCAUACUAAAAAGAAAAAAAAAACAGCACAGGUUCUUGGUGGUUUUUUUUUUUUUUUUUUUUUGAGGGUGGUCUUUAUACAGGUUUUACUGUAAUGGUAAAGAUUGGCUUAACAGACAGUAUUAGUAAAUUUGUUUUGUAUGGGUCAAAAGUGAACAGUGUAUGAAUGAGACUUGUAAGAAGGAUUUUUAUUUUGUUAUAUAAGUUAGUUACCAUUUUCAGUGUUAUUUCAAAGGUUCUUUGAAGAAUGAGUGGGAAGGCAGAUUAGAGUUCUAAAAUUUGAGUAUUUUGAAUAUCAGUGUUCCUCAGAAAGAUAUACUUGUAUAUUCUAUUUUAAUGGCUUUUUAAUUUGUAAGAUUGUAUGUUGUAUAUACCAUUCUAUUAAAAAAACAUGUAUACAUGUCCACUGUGUUUUUAAACAUAGAUAAAGCAUGAUAAAGAUUAUUAUUUAAAGUAUAUGUGUAUUUAUACCUCAGAUAUUCUUUUGGGUUUUGUACCUCAAGGCUUUUUUUUCCCCCCUCUCUCCUAGUGUAAAUACACUUCACAUGAAAACAGUCUAAGUGAAAAGUAAAUAAAUAAAGGUUUAUAACUUGGUCUAUAUAUGUACAGAAUAUAAUCAUUAAGUGCACUAUGGAAUGUUUGAAGUAAGGGAAAAGUCUGGCCUGCUUUCCUUUGUACUGCAUCUCACUCCCAUCAUUAAACCACAGAUAGCAGAACAUUAGCAUUCUAGCAUCAACUAAACUGAAAAUACAGAUUUGCUGAAGGAAAAUUCAGACUGAAUCAUUCCAAGGCCAAACUGCAACUGAGCCAUUCACUAACAAACAGGAAACCCUGGUGAAGGUUCAGGAAGCAUGGAGAUUCUCUCUAAACAAAGGUCAUUAGGAAGUGGUGCUGAGAAAGUUACAAGAAUAAGCAACAGCAACAGAAGAUGUUCCUAGCAAAGCCAAGGUCACGGAUUAAUUCCACAAAAGGUCUCUUUCCCACUGGUUGGCUUUCCUGUUGGAAGGAUUCCUUACAUAUUUAACAAGAGGAGAAGUCAAUGGAUGUGAACAUUUUCAAGAACUCUACUUAAUAGUCACCUUAAAGUGACAUUGACACAUAAUUUACUAAGUGUAACUAAUUACCUAGAAUGUACGCUCUUUGAAGGCAGUGCUCUUCUACACAUCUUAAUAACCCCCUACAGCAGCUUUCAGUGUUUUGUACUUGUAGGCACAUAAUAAAUUUAUUAUUUGCUAAAAAGAA